AUGACAGAUUCAAAUCCUUUUAAACUUUCUUCAAGUCUAUCCGGUCAUGAUUUAGAUAUUAAAGCUGUUCGAAGUCCAAGCGAAGACUUGAUUAUUUCUGCGUCUCGCGACAAAACAGUUCGCAGCUGGUUUAGAACCGGAGUUAACUCUUUUAGUGAAAAUAAAUUGUACUUGGGGCAUACAAGUUUCGUUAAUUCUCUUGUGUUUUUCAAACCUACUACUGAAUAUGAUAAAGGCCUUAUAAUUAGUGGUAGCAGCGAUAAGAUCAUAAAUGUUUUUGAUCUCGAUAAUGCACAGGAUCCAAUUUAUUCGUUAAUCGGCCAUUCCGAUAACGUUUGUGCGUUAGACAUCACACCAUCUGGCCAUAUUGUUUCCGGUUCUUGGGAUAAAACGGCCAAAAUUUGGAAAAAUUGGCAAGAAGCUUGUACUUUAAAAGGACAUUCCCAUGCUGUAUGGGCAGUUUUAGCUGUAGAUGAUGACUUAAUAUUUACGGGGUCGGCCGACAAAACUAUUGUAAAAUGGCAAGAUGGCAAACGAAUUCAAACUUUAUCUGGCCACUCUGACUGUGUUAGAGCGUUAGCAUUACUACCAGAUAUAGGUAUAGUUUCAUGUGGAAAUGAUAGCACUCUUCGCAUAUGGACCUUAACUGGACAAUGUAUUCAAGAAUUAAAUGGUCAUACGUCCUUUGUGUACAGCAUUGAUAUAUUACCUACAGGUGAAAUCAUAUCAAGUGGAGAAGACCGGUCCGUAAGAAUCUGGAAAGAUGGAGAAUGUAUACAAUCGAUUGUGCAUCCUGCAACAUCUGUAUGGUGCGUAGCUGCUAUGCCUAGCGGUGAUAUAAUUAGUGGUGCAAGUGAUGGUGUGAUUCGUAUCUUCACGAGGGUCGAAGAACGCAUUGCAGAACAAGAGAUUCUAAAGAAUUACGACGAGCAAGUUUCAAAACAUGCAGUUCCUAAAAAUCAAAUUGGAGAUUUGAAGAAAGAUGAUCUUCAUGGAUUAGAAGCAUUGCUUAAGCCAGGCAAAAAUGAAGGACAAGUGAUUAUGGUGCGAAAUCGUGAUUCUGUUGAGGCUCAUCAAUGGAGUCAAGCUGAUCAAUCAUGGCACAAAGUGGGCGAAGUUGUUGAUGCUAUUGGUAAAGAUCGAAAACAGUUAUAUAACGGAAGAGAAUAUGAUUAUGUAUUUGAUGUCGAUAUUGGAGAUGGAGUUCCAGCUUUAAAACUUCCAUAUAAUGUUUCCGAUAAUCCGUAUAAAGCAGCUCAAGAAUUUAUUUGGGCUAAUGAACUUCCGCAAAGCUAUCUGGAUCAAAUUGCAAAUUUCAUUGAGAAAAAUGCACAAGGCGUUUCAUUGGGCACUGGUUCACAAUAUGCAGAUCCAUUCACUGGAUCAUCAAGAUACACUCCUAGUGGAUCAUCAAACAAUUCAUCUUAUAAUUCCUCAAUACCUUCAGUAUCUACGAACGUUCAAAAUACUAUUACUACUGGUACAGACCCAUGGACUC